AUGCCCUUUGGAUUAUACGUCGAUGACGAGAACACAAUCUAUGUUGCUGACUCUGACAAUGACCGUGUUUUGGCCUGGUCUCUUAAUACCACUAGUGGACAAGUGAUUGCUGGUGGAAAUGGAAAAGGAGAUACACUUAAUCAACUAUUCAAACCAACGGAUGUGAUCAUGGAUCGAUCAACAAACGAGCUGCUCAUUUGUGACCGUGGGAAUAGACGAGUGGUACGUUGGCCACAUCGAGAUGGUCUUCAUGGAGACAUACUCUUAUCUAAUAUUGACUGCUUCGGUUUGACAAUGGACGAUCGUUGGUUUCUCUACGUUACUAUCAUAGACAAAGCCGAAAUUCGACGUUUUAAAUUAGGGGAAUCCCACGGAACAGUAGUUGCAGGUGGAAACGGCGAAGGUGAACGUCUCGAUCAAUUCAAUGGACCAGCAUAUCUCUAUGUCGAUCGAGAUUAUUCGCUUUAUGUGUCCGACUCCAGCAAUCAUCGAGUAGUAAAGUGGGUGAAAGGUGCAAAAGAAGGUGAAGUGGUAGCAGGUGGUCAUGGUCCAGGAAGUGAUUUCAAACAACUCUCUCAUCCGUUUGGCGUGCUUGUCGAUAAAAUGGGGACUGUCUAUGUAGCAGAUCAAGUAACACCUCUUCGGGGUACUGAUGUUCCUCUCAUGCAGCAAGCACGGUGGUCAGACAAUGGAACCACAGUGGCGGGCGGUCAUGGAAAUGGAGAACAGUUGCAUCAACUCAAUAUGCCCAUUGGAUUAUACGUCGAUGACGACAACACUAUCUAUGUUGCUGAUUCUGUCAAUCAUCGUGUUUUGGCCUGGUCUCCUAAUGCUACUACUGGCCAAGUGGUAGCUGGUGGAAAUGGAAAAGGAAGUGCCCUUAAUCAACUAGUCGAACCAAGGGAUGUGAUCAUGGAUCGAUCAACGAACAAGCUGCUCAUUUGUGACCGUGGGAAUAGACGAGUGGUAAGUUGGCCACAUCGAGAUGGUCUUCGUGGAGACAUCGUCUUAUCCAGUAUUGCAUGCUUCGGUUUGACAAUGGACGAUCGUUGGUUUCUCUACGUUACAAUCACAGACACAGCUGAAGUUCUACGUUUUAAAUUAGGCGAAUCUCAUGGAACAGUAGUUGCAGGUGGAAACGGCAUAGGUGCACGUCUCGAUCAAUUCAAUCAACCAACAUUUCUCUAUGUCGAUCAAGAUUAUUCACUAUAUGUGUCCGACAUGCAGAAUCAUCGAGUAGUAAAGUGGUUGGAAGAUGCGAAACAAGGUGAAGUGGUAGCAGGUGGUAAUGGUGCAGGAAUAGUUAAUAAUAAUUAG